GAAGUUAAAAAUUUCAAAAAUAAAUAAGAAAAUGCAAUUGUUGCUGGAAAACAUGGAAUAAAAUAUGUGUCACAAACAAGAAAAGCAACGGAAAUUAAUGUGCAUAAUAUGGGAUAUCGUUUAAACAACAAGCUGCACCUAACCAAACCCAACUACAUAGAUUGUUUCCUGUCUCAGCAAGAUUAAAAGAAAAAAAAAAUAACUAACGGCACAAGUCUUGAUAAAUGAAAAAAAAAUAGCAAAGCGCAAAGCAGAAGAAGAAUAAAGCAGCUGCUUGGGGCGCAUUGCUGCUGUGCUACAUACAUACAUACAUAUAUACGAAAAAUCGAUACUUGAAGCCGCAGCAGCAGCAGUCAUCGUAGCAGUCGACGUCGACAUCGACGUCAGCGGUCAGCGUCAGCAGACGAAAACGCUUAUUAAAUGACAGCUAAAAAUAGACAAAACAACAGCAACAACAACAGUUAGAACAGCUACAACAAAAGCAACUAAAUACACGUGGCAACCAUGGUCGACGCAAAGCCACCGCCCACACGCACGCCCACGCCGGGCACACCGCCGGCUGCAUUUGCCGGCGAGAGAUCGAAAAUAAAAUUAUUUAUGGAACGGACGCCGAGCAUCGGUGCGCUAAAGUCCAAAUUUUUGACAGUGUUGGGCAACAGCAAUGAGCUGUUCAAUGGCAUAUCAAACAAGUUAACGCUGAGCAGCAGCAGCAGCGAUUCAGAUUAUUGCGACGACGAUGACGAGGAUUUGCCCAAGUAUGACGAGACUAUUGACUAUACGAAAAUCGAUUUUGAGGCGCGUCGCGUGAAGGCGCGUCGUGCGCAUGAGGAGAUCAUCUCGGGUCGCUUCAGACAGCCCAAUUUGGCGCCGCGUCCACGCUUGGAGCUCUCGCGCACGCGUCACUCCAACAAGCUGGGCGGCCCGCUGCGCUCCAGUUCGCCGUCCUCGUCCAGCAGCGGCGGCAGCAGCAGCGACGACAGCAGCUCCGCGUCGCUGCCGGAGCCAACGGCGGCCGCACGUUCGCACGAUGUGAGCAGCACCACGCACUCGAAUUCUCUGGAGUUUGAGUCGCGCCACUCGGGUGGCUAUGAGCGGCCCCGAGCCAUUGCGGGCGCUCGACGCAGCGAGCUGGACAUGCAAAAGGAUAUGCAGCGCAUUAGUGAGCUGCUUGAGGCCACGGCCAUGCCUCCACUAAUUGAUGUGCAGCCGCCCACAGAAGGCGGCGGCGGCAGCUUGAUGACACGCCAGCCCUGGGGCGCGAACAGCUCAAUGCGAGUUGUGCCCACACGCAGUCGCACCUCGAACAGCAGCACGUUGACCAGCCUGCGGGAUGAGCCCGAUCAGCUGCAGGCCAGCCCCAGCAUGGAGUCCAGCGAUUGGCGCAACUUUAUACGCUCCGAAUCGCAAAAUUCGGUGCCCUCAUGGGCAUCCUCCAUAAGCUUGGAUUGUCGUGCCGGCGAGGAGCCCGUCAAGGAAUUCAUGAAGCAUUUCACCCAGCUGCUCUUCAGCAAUUCGGCAGCUGUCAAUCUGGAGCUUAAGUCCGAGCUUGGUGUGCUGCUGCGUCUGGAGAUGGGCCGCCUGUGGUUCACCAGAUUUCUCAGCGAGCAGCGCAACAAAUCAAAACGCCUGGAAACAUUAACAUUCAAUGCACUUGCCCAAUACUUUGCCCUGGCGCUGUUCGAAUGCGGCGAGUGCGAGGAUCAUGCGCCAGCGGCGGUGCUUAUGAAUCUCUGUUUCUUGUUCUAUCACGAAGUUGAAGUUCCUGGCUGUGAUCCUUAUCGCGAGUAUUUGUUCAUAUCGCUGCGCCAGCAGCCGCUGUGGCAGCAGCCGCGCUUCUGGAACGCCAUCUUCCAGGAUGCCAUGCAGGCUGAGCGUGAGCAUCGGCUCAGCUCGCAGCUGCGCCGCCAGCAGCGCCGUCAGGCAAGGCAGCAGCAGCGCCUUGCAGCCGGAGCAGCAGCUGCAGCUGCAGCAGCCCCAGCAGGAACAGCGCCGGAGUCAGUGGUGCCCGAUGCUCGCAAGAACGGCGUUGAUUCCUCCUCAAGCUCUUCGCACCAGGGCAGCGCGCCGGCGGCGACGUUGGCAACAGCCAAACUCAAAUCCAGCAAAUGCAGCUUGGGCCAGCCGCAAUCGGCCAAGGAGCAGGACGAUAUUGCAUUUCGGCAAUUGAGUGCCUUCACGUGCAACAUGCACUCGCUGGGCACUAGCCAGGAAUUGUGUCUCGAUUUUCUAAAGAAACAUGUUGUGGCGCUCAAUCUAUCCAAGGACAAAGCCAAACUGAUCAGGGACAAUAUUUAUCGUAUGUAUCAUGAGACGGAACUGUGGGGUGCUCGUCAAACUUAAAUUUUCUACCAUAACGAAAUCCCAACUUGUUUAAUGCCUCCCAGAACAAGAAAAAAAAAAAAAAACUAUCAACUAAACUUUUCAAAUUUCGUCUCAGCUGAAGCUAAACUUUUUGACUUUAAAGAAAGCUACAAACUUAAACAAAUCUUGAUGUAGUUAAAAUUUUAACUCGCAUUGUUGACUCUAUACGAAAAAUGAAUGAAUAAUUAAAAUAUACACACAGACGAGAUAUGUAUGCAUGUUAAUAUAUUA